AGGAGGGCCCGCUCCACAGCAUUUUCCCAGGAACUCUGGCUGUACCACCCACCCCUGGGGCACAACAGGCACGGUGGGAGCAUGGCAGAUGAAGACCUCAUCUUCCCCCUGGAAGGCAUUGAUGGCGGACAGACCCCUGGGGCCAGCCAGGAGGUGGACUCUGAGCCAGACAGUGACGAAGAUGAAGGUUACUUCAUCUGCCCCAUCACUGAUGACCCCAGGGCACACCAGAAUGGCAACUCCAAGGUUAAUAACUACUACAGCAACCUAACAAAAAGUGAGCAGUAUGGCUAGGCAUCUCCAGUGAGCUCCUUCAAUUUUAAGGAAGCUUGGAAGCAUGCAAUUGAGAAGGCCAAGCACAUACCUGACCCCUGGGCUGAGUUCCACCUGGAGGACAUUAUCACUGAAUGUGCUACACGUCACAGGUACAACGCUGUCACCGGGCAGUGGCUGGAGGAUGAAGUUCUGAUCAAGAUGGCAUCUCAGCCCUUUGGCCGUGGAGCAAUGAGGGAGUGCUUCAGGACGAAGAAGCUCUCCAACUUCCUGCACACCCAGCAGUGGAAGGGAGCCUCUAACUACGUGGCAAAGCGCUACAUUGAGUCAGUGGACAGGGACGUGUACUUUGAGGACGUGCGUUUACAGAUGGAAGCCAAGCUCUGGGGAGAGGAGUAUAAUAGGCACAAGCCCCCCAAACAGGUAGACAUCAUGCAGAUGUGUGUCAUGGAGCUGAAAGAGAGGCCGGGCAAGCCCCUCUUCCACCUGGAGCACUACAUCGAGGGCAAGUACAUCAAGUACAACUCCAACUCAGGCUUUGUUCGUGAUGACAACGUGCGCCUGACGCCACAGGCCUUCAGCCACUUCACAUUUGAGCGUUCUGGCCAUCAGCUGAUUGUGGUGGACAUCCAGGGUGUGGGCGACCUCUACACCGAUCCACAGAUCCACACCGUGAAGGGCACUGACUUUGGAGAUGGCAACCUAGGUGUCCGGGGCAUGGCCCUCUUCUUUUACUCCCAUGCCUGCAACCGGAUUUGCAAGAGCAUGGGCCUUGCUCCUUUUGACCUCUCGCCAAGAGAACAGGAUGCAGUGAAUCAGAACACCAAGCUUCUGCAAUCAGCCAAGACCAUCUUGAGGGGGACAGAGGAAAAGUGUGGGAGCCCUCGAGUAAGGACGCUCUCUGGGAGCCGGCCACCCUUGCUCCUCCACCUUUCAGAGAGCUCUGGAGAUGAGAACAUGAAUGACAUGACAUUCGACUCUCCCCCUUCCUCCCCAUCUUCAGCCAUGCCACACAGCCAAAAACUGGACCUCCUCUAUUGGCCUGUGCUCAGUGACCUCGAUAACAAGGCUCCCCGAUAUCAUGACCAUCUGGACAACCACCGGGACUCUGAGAAGAGUGGGGAUAGCGGAUACCCCAGUGAAAAGCGGGGUGAGCUGGAUGACCCAGAGCCACAUGAACACGGCCACUCAAGUGGUAACCGGAGGUAUGAGUUGGAUGAAGACAGCCUGGGAAGCUCCGGACAGGUCUGUGUGGAGAAGUGGAAUCUUCUCAACUCUUCCCGUCUCCACCUGCCGAGGCCUUCGGCUGUGGCCCUGGAAGUGCAAAGGCUUAACGCUCUGGACCUUGAAAAGAAAAUUGGGAAGUCCAUUUUGGGGAAGGUCCAUCUGGCCAUGGUGCGCUACCAUGAGGGUGGGCGCUUCUGUGAGAAGGACGAAGACUGGGACCGAGAGUCGGCCAUCUUCCACUUGGAGCGUGCAGCUGACCUGGGCGAGCUAGAGGCCAUAGUGGGCCUGGGACUCAUGUACUCACAGCUGCCCCACCACAUCCUGGCUGAUGUCUCUCUGAAGGAGACAGAAGAAAAUAAAAUCAAAGGAUUUGAUUACUUACUGAAGGCAGCUGAAGCUGGCGACAGGCAGUCCAUGAUCCAUGUGGCACGAGCUUUUGACACUGGCAAGAACCUCAGUCCAGACAGGUCCCAAGACUGGCCAGAGGCUCUGCACUGGUAUAACACCGCCCUGGACACAACAGACUGUGAUGAGGGCGGUGAGUAUGAUGGGAUGCAAGAUGAGCCCCGGUACGUGCUGCUGGCCAGGGAAGCUGCGAUGCUGUCUGAGGGCGGCUUUGGGCUGGAGAAGGACCCACAGAGAUCAGGUGACUUGUACACCCGGGCUGCAGAGGCAGCGAUGGAAGCCAUGAAGGGCCGGCUGGCCAACCAGUACUACGAGAAGGCGGAGGAGGCAUGGGCCCAGAUGGAGGAGUGACGUGUCAGGAAAAUCCCUGUCUCUGUGGGCCAGUCCCAAGCAAAAGGAUAAGGGAAAAAGAUCUACUGAGUUACAGAAGAGUUAGGGGUUGUUUUGGGGAAAUGGGCAAGUAUUUUUAGUGUGUUGUAAAUCGACUUUUUUAUGUCAUUUUUUGACUUUUGAAAAUGUCUUUGCAAUCAGCAGACACUAUAGCUGUCCCCUGGGACAGGAUUUUGCAGGGGCAGGGAUUGAAAAAGCAGCCUAAUGAACCAGUAUAUCGUUUUGAGGUUCUUUUGUAUUUUUGUCAUGAAAUGUAAGAAAGUGGUUUUCUGCCUUGGAAUACAUUGAAGCUUUGCUCACUGAUGCUUUCAGGCUGGACUAGGCCCACAGAACCCGUGUUUCCUGAGUUGGAUGGGGAAUGUAUUGCUGCAUAUAAGCUCUCCAUGGGGUUGUGUAUUGUCAUGACUUAGUGCAAAGCCUCCCUGCUCAGCAUUUGAAAGCAUACAUGGCAUCAUUCCAUGAAUAUGAGAUGGUACAACGCCCUGGCUGCUUCUGCCACAGAGGAGGGAUGCACACUGACUGUUUUCUCAUCUUUUAGUUUAAUUUUCUUCCUGAAAAGCAACUGACUUCCUAGAAUACCACCAAAUUCCACUUUUAAACAUGCUUUCCACAAACGGCUUUACAAAACAGGUUUGGUGUUUGUAUACAUGUUUACUACCUCUGACUCCUCUGCCAGCUAGUGUGGAAGUGGGUGUGCCUCAAGAGUUUUACAUGGAAGGACAGUGGUUUGGCAUGGUAAAGCCUCUCCUCCAAGUAGAAAUCUCAAUAGCAACAUCCACAACAUGACUCAAGUACCCCUUGUAUAGGACUUCUUCAUGUUUUCUUAGUGUCUGAUGUUCCACCCUCGUCCUUGGCAUUUUUGCUUGAAGCCAGGCUGAUUUCCUUGUAAUUCACAGCAGGAUGCUUUCAGCAGCAGCCCAUUGGGAUGCAUUUACCAUGUUUGAGAAUGAGAGGGCAAGAACUAACUCUAAACAUUCAUUAAUUCUAGUAGUUUCCACUAGGCCAGGCUAUGGCUAAUUGCACAUAAUGAGCUUUUUCUUAAAAGAAAUUCAAUUAAUACCAGUGUGAUUCAGUUGGUAUUUCAAAUAUAGCAAAACAGACUGCUUUGAUCAACCCCAAGUGAUUAAGUAGCUUCUCUUUCUUUGUGUAAAAUCAGAGUGUGACAUACAAACUAUCCUUAUUUGUUCAUUGAAAGAGGUCCUUGCUGUGGAGCUGUGAACCUGUGCAAGCAUUAGGUUCCAAAGUCCAAAAUAUGCCCUAAAGGGAAAAAUAUCAGGCAGAGCUAAAAAAAAAAUCACCCUUGAGAAGUCCUUCAGAGUAUCUAUAAAUGACAGUAUCCCUUAUUUGUAUGUGGACUCUUCACAGCCAGUUUCCUCUAGAAGUUGGAAGUGAUCAUUCUUUCUAUUUGUGAUAAAUCAGGUAGUUUUUGUUUUAAACCAGUGCAUACAGUUAAAUUAUGUAUGUUAAAUGUAAGCUACGAGCAAAUUAUUGUGACUUUUCAAAGUAAUCAAGCCUCAAAUAAUCUAUGCUUUUUUGUUGUCAUUAAUUCAGCCAGCCUGCUGUCUCUCUCUGGGACUUUAUUAGGCACAUCAUUUGUUCCCUGACUAUCUAUCUUAUUUCUUAGUUAUAAGAAAUAGCAUAAGUGCUUUUCUUUAACAUAGGGAUUGGCAAACUUUUUUGUCAAGAGCCAGAAAGUAAGUAGUUCAGGCUCUGUGGGCUAUAUGGUCUCUGCAGUGGCUCAGCUUUGCCAUGGUAAAGCAGAAGCAGCCAUGGACAACACCUAAACGAGUGGGCAUGGCUGAUGUUCCAAUAAAUCUUUACUACAAAAGCAGAUGGCCUGCCUGGGCUGCAGUUUUCCAACCUCUGCUCUAAUCCUUGACUGAGAGUGUUUGUAUUAAGCUGUGGGUAUGAGCUAUCUCAAUUUUCUGGCCUCUAGAGCUCAGACAUACCAUGCAGUGGCACAGAGUAGGCAUUCAAUAAAUGUGUGAACAAAUGGAAAGCCACCCUUAGUCAUGGCACCUCUUCUUUGUAGCUCUGGUUCCUCCAGCCAGUCAAUGACUCAUGGUCUGAAUUGGCUUGAAGUACCACCCCCGAAUUUCCACACACCCAUGUGACCUUAAUGCCAGCAGCUGGUACCCUAAUGAUCUAGAUGUAGAGUUAAGCAAAUGCUUCUUUAAGGACCAUUGAGAAUAAAAUAAUCUGUAGGAUGUUGAGAUCCUUCUGAGCCAACAAAAGGACUUACUCCACCUUCAGAACCUGGUUUUGUGCCUUCUAAAGUUUGUCAGAGCAUCUUCUUUCUCCACAAAUGCUGAGUAUGCAGUCCUACCUGCUCCCCCAUACAUACAAAAUAACCAGGACAGUCCAGACCCAACUGGGAAAAUAUCAAAGACUGUCUUCAACUCUUCAAGUGCAAGAAGUACGUGAAAGUCUGGGAGAUUAGAUAAGAAGAAUUAGAGAUUUCAUCUGGUACCUUCAAUCACAGAUAUAGAAAUUGAGGUUCAGAAAGGUAGAAUCUUUUACAGGGAUAGUGCUGGUUAGCCACUAAGCUAGAGUUGAGAUUUGAGAACUGCUGUUAUUUAGAGGAUCCUGGGAAUAAAGUUUAAAGUUAAACUGGACUGUAAUGUCCCUUUCAGUUUUGCUGUAAGUGGGGGCUGGGGGGAGGCUAAUGU